AUGAAUGCGGACAGCUCGCAGUUUGUGGCGUUGCUGGAAUUUGUGGAGCCACCCAUGCGAAAGCUGAUGUUUUCCUCCGAUACGCCCAUUGAUCCCGCAAAGGUCUGA